AUGGAACGUCACGGCUUUACCAACGUUGCGGAGCACGUCUAUCGUAUACCACUCAACACGGAACAGCCAAUGACCCAGCAAUCGGUUGUGGUGAGCUGGGCAGACGGAUUUGAAGCCGCCAUCUUUGAAGUUUUUCUCAUCUGUGCUGCCGCGCGUCAAGCCCUGCGGAAAGGGGUGGAAGGCUGGCUCGAAAUCCGUAUAACGUCCGGACGAAAACCAACAGCGCCUCUGUGA